GCUCUGGGGUACGCAGCGAGGCCGGCAAAGAAGCGGGGAGUCCGAAGGCUGUGGGAUCGGAACGGGAGCUUGAGAACGACAGGCAGCCAUAGAGCCUUGAUCGCCCGAGCCAGCUAGCAAGCAGGGCGCGGCGCAAAGGAGCUGAACCAGGCCAGGACUUGGGCUCCUGCUGUCAGAUCUGCCCCACUAACACAAGAGCCUUGCCACUGUUUUCUGGGGACUUGAAGGGGUGGAGGUGGUCACUGAAGACUGAGGCCGGGAAGAGUGGGGUACAGCAGGGGGAACUCAGGUUUAGCAACCAGGUGCGUUCCGGAAGCCUGAAUCGUCUGGUCUGACCUGAACCUCUCAAAGCGUGCCCCGCGGGUAUUCAGGCAUCCGAGCUCGAGUGCCUCAGGGGUCUUCUCCUCCCCGCAGCGGGGAGCGCCGGGAGCUGCGGGCUGGGCGCGCGGGGGCCUGGAUGUGCACGAAGAUGGAGCAACCUUUCUACCACGAUGAUUCCUACCCGGCGGCAGCUUAUGGCCGGGGAGGUGCCGCCGCACUGGGACUGCAUGAUUACAAGCUGCUGAAACAGAACCUGGCGCUCAAUCUUGCAGCUGCCGCUGACCCCUACCGCGGCCUCAAGGCGCCAGGGCAUGGUCGGGGACCCGGGCCAGAGGACGCAAGUGGCGCCUACUUUUCGGGACCGCCACCUCCCCCUCAGAACGAGGCCCCAGCUGGGCCCGCGGGCUCGUUAAAGCUCGCGUCUCCGGAGCUGGAGCGCCUCAUAGCGCAGAACAGCAACGGGCUCAUCACCACAACGCCCACGCCGCCGGGCCAGUACUUCUACUCGCGCAGUGUGACGGAGGAGCAGGAGGGUUUCGCAGAUGGCUUCGUCAAAGCGCUUGACGACCUGCACAAGAUGAACCACGUGACGCCCCCCAACGUGUCACUGAGCAGCAGCAGUGGCAGCUCCGGGACGGCAGGGCCCCCAGCUCCCCCUAGUAGCGUUUACGGCCCCUCAGCUCUGGGUCCUGAACCACCUCCUGUCUACACCAACCUCACCAGUUACAGCGCCAGUGGAGGUAGUGGGGGCGCGGGAGCAGGGGCCGCGGGCGGCUACCCUACUGCCACCAUCAGCUACCUCCCCCACGGACCGCCCUUUCCCGGGGGCCACCCGGCAGCAGUGGGGCUGAGUGCCCGGGCGGCGGGAGGCGCGGGGCCGCUGGCGGCCUUUAAGGAGGAACCACAGACGGUGCCCGAGGCGCGCAGCAGGGACGGGACACCACCCGUGUCACCCAUCAACAUGGAGGACCAGGAGCGCAUCAAGGUGGAAAGGAAACGACUGCGGAACCGGCUGGCGGCCACCAAGUGCCGCAAACGGAAACUGGAGCGCAUCGCUCGACUCGAGGACAAGGUGAAGACACUGAAGUCCGAAAACGCUGGGCUGUCGAACACGGCUAGUCUGCUCCGUGAACAGGUGGCGCAGCUCAAGCAGAAGGUGCUGAGCCACGUCAACAGCGGCUGCCAGCUUCUGCUGGCCGUCAAGAUGCAGAACUUCUGAGCCCACUCGCGGCCCGCCCACGGACCCGGCUGCGUGACUGACUCUCCCCCUCACGCCCCCGCCGCGCGUGAUUCUGCCCGGGUAUGGGCGGGCCGCAGACUCUGAGACGCGGGAGGAGGGCAGGGCCACCUGGAGGGCACUGGACUAGACGGAGGGGCCCCGCCCAGCGCGCCUGUCGGCUCGCCCUCUUCCUUCCCCACUCACCCACUAGUUCAAAUCGCGAAGUUUACAAGCCCUACCUUGGCCUGGGCCCCCACACCUCUGGGCGACCCUCUGUACUCCCUGUUUUGUACGUUUUUUUUUUCUGCUGGAAACAGACACGAUUCAUAUUGAAUAUAAUAUAUUUGUGUAUUUAAGAAAGAAGUUCUAUCCCGCGGCGGAGCUGGCCCCGCUGCCCGCACUCGGCCCCAGAGGUGGCGAGGAAGGGAUUGGAGGGAGCCCCUCGGAAGGGAUACUCUCGGCCUGUCCCCCCUGCCUGCCCCGAGGGUUCCAUGGGGUUGUGUCUCCCGAAGCACUUGGGUUUUAAAGUUUAUUUUAUCA